UAGGAGGUUUGAUAUUGGGUGGAAUUGUUGUCAUUUCAUAUUGGAUAAGACGAUGCAGGACACUUGCAGUGAAGUCAACGACGCGACAGCGGCGACUCAGGAGCCGGAGCCGGAGCUUAUCAUCAACUGUCAUAGGCGUCAGUAUCAACAGCAAACCGCAAAAGUCAUCACCCGAUCAAAAUCAUCGUCGUCGCCGACGACGAAUGCUGCAGUGCAUCAAUUGAAACAACAGCAAUCCUUGCCGACACCAUUGUCACACCAACAGCACCAGCAACAACAACAACAACAGCAGCAGCAGCACCCAAACGACCAUCAGCACCACAAUCAUCCGCACGCCUCGAAAUCGGUAUCAAUUUUGGUCUACAAAACAUUGAAUACAGUCUUCAAGAGUAGCCGAAAAAUCAUUGUUCGUGUCUGUGAGGUAGCCAGCUCAAAGAAAUCAUUCACCAUGUUCAAGUUCAACAAGGCCGCCCAACAGCAACGGAUCGACAAUCGAGCCAGUGCGGUAACCGGGCAUGAUCAAUUUGUCCGACCACCUGUGCCGGAAAAGAAGGUGAAACACAUUAUGAAGAAGCUGCACAAGGCAAAUGGACUGAAACGUUCCAAUUCGGCAAUUGAAUUUGAUGUCUCAGCACUGACAGCUGCCAAUCGCCGUCAGAUUUACAGUAGCAAUCGCUCGGCCAGUUCGGAGCAAGAUAACUCAGAUCUAUCCGAGCACUCGGAGAAAUCGCCGCUGGUUAGUGCGAGGUUAGACAAUCUUGCUAGGCUCUUUUUUAGCAAAUCGAUGCCAGCGGAAACCGGAAGUAGAGAUACCAUAGAUUCAGUACUAACAACCAGACCAAAUAUCAAAUAUCAAUACUCGGCUCUGGACAGCGGCAAUGGCAUUGUGGAGCGAAGUCCUCGAGAGCGUGCCCAACGGGAACGUGCCUUGAAUGCCACACAAGAGUGGAUACAGAGCGCCAAUGGUCGCUAUGAGGUGAUUGCCCAUCUAGAUGAGAUUGGAUCGAGGCAUGGCAAGAACUGGUUUCUGGUCACAGAUGCAUCGGUUCGCACAGAUCGUCUAAUGACAUUGCUUUCUCUGCCCCCCGAUUGUGUGGCUUUCGAGGACCUGCCGCCCAGUGAAAGUGCCAGAGAUAUACUAAUGGAAUUGCUGGGCUCAUUGCAUCAUCCGUAUAUCUAUCCUGUAUUGGAUUUGGGAUUCUUGCGUAAUAGUUCAAAUAACUUUGCUUGCCUAGUCACACCAUUCAAUUCACGUGGCAGUCUCAAGGAUCUUAUCUAUAAGGCUCAAUGGAAUGAACCCUGGGCUAGAAAAUAUACACGGAAACCAAAUGGUUUGCCAGUAAGUCAGGUUCAACGUCUUGGCCGACAGAUACUGGAGGCUCUACUCUUUCUGAAAGAGCGUGGAUUUCCACUUCAUGGUCAUUUGCACAGCGGCAAUGUCAUAUUACAGAAUGGAGCUGCAAGAUUAUCGGGCCUUGAGAAUGGCCUUUUGGGUCUCAGUUCUCGCAUAAAUGCCGUCAUGUGGUCGCGUUCGGAAACAGAAAUUGAAAAUGUCGAUAUAAUAUGUUUUGGCCAUCUGCUGUAUGAAAUGUGCACGGGCCAAGAAUUGACCACACCAAAACCGUCCAUGCGGGUGCUCGAAAUGGAGCUACAGCAUUAUCCACAAAUUGGCCAGAUUCUAGAAAUCUUGGGUCUUAUAUUUGAGCCGCCAAGCGGCGUUUGCCCCUCCGUUGAGGACUUAGUCCUGUGCGAUCUCUUUCGCAGCAUUGAUUUAAGAGAGCUGCGUGGUCCCUGUUUUAGUACAAUUAAGCCAAGUCUCAGCAGAUCGACAUUGAAUCUGUUGCAUGCCGUCAAGAAACGUCAAUGCGCCUCAUUGGGUAACUCAUUCAGCGAGGCCAGCUCACCCUGUACACCGCCCUCUACGCCACAUGAUCGACGCACUGGAAUCAGCCGAACAAUGGACUCAUUUGACAUAUCAAGCGACUCGGAGGAGGGUCUGCUCGAGGAGAUUGUCGUGGGUGGAGGCGGCAGUUGCCAGCAUCAGCAGCAUCGACAGAGCCUGCUCCGAUUGCAGCACUGGCAUUCAUCGGCCAACGAGUCACCCAUACACUAUUGUGACCAUGCAGCCCUAUACUCCGAUGACAAUAGCAUUCAGGAGCCGCCCAUUAUACGUUGCAGCACCAGCAGUCAAAGUAACCUAGAUGUAAUGCUGGCCGAAGGGGGACUGGACGAGGGAGAGGAGGAGGAGGAUGAAGGAGAGCUGGGCAUUGGGGUGGAGGCUAGAGAGUUGGGUGUCGAGGCAGAUGAUGAUGAAGUGGCCAGUGGCUCAGCCCAGGCUCAGCGUCUAUAUGCUCCGUCAUCGAACCCAGCAUCUGCCUCUGUUAGUGGAGCCUCGUUCAAUCAUCAGCUCACUGCAGAUAUGUGCAAUUAUAAGAACUCCAAGAGUCGUCGUCUGGAAUACUCGCUCAAGUGUCUCAAAUAUGGUCGUAGUAAUCCGUCACAGGAUUCAGCAUUUGGUUCGCUCACUGAUAACGAUUUGUCGAUUGGGUCAUCAAGCAUACGUCUAAGCAGUUUCCAAUCCAUCUCGUCACCGAUUGAUGAAGGAGUUGAGGAUAUUAUUAUUGCCACAACAACGGGAGGCAAUGAAACUUGCCUUGAAUUGGCAACCAUACCCCGUAGUAUGGUCUCACAGGAUUCGGCCAUUUCUUCGCCAUGUCGUGAGAGUUCUCCAAGCAAUUUUCUGCACAUUGAUGAUGCCAUGUCCGGUUCGGGUUCCACCUCUUCCGGUUCUGUCGGCUGUGGCUCAUUGGGCAACAUGCGACCCCAACAGUUUCCUGUAUCCCUUUCACCAAAAAUUCUAGUCACAGCCACUAGUAAUUCGAGCAGUUCUUCCCUGGCAUCGACAGGGAAUCAGGGUCAACGGGAGCAACAGCACUCACAGAAUCCCACCCAACAGCAACAGUUUGAUCCGCCCAAGAUACUGGUCAAUGAUCAGAAUUCCAUAUAUACCACAUCGCCAUCAAAGAGAUCUGGCAUGAUUGAGGUCUUUUCCCAAAAGUAUAGGGUCAGCUCCUUUGAGGACAUGUCGCCCAAGCGUAAUUCGGAUAAGCAGCACUUGAAGCAUGUGAAUCGUAUGGCCUUCCGCUCUCUGGAGGAAGAGCGACGCAUCGAUAAUGCUUUCAUGCCGAUGGCCGAUCGAACACAUUCUGAUAAUCGCGUCAAUAUGCAGAGCGAAAAGUAUAAGAAGUUGACUCAUGCCUCGUUUCGGAUCAGCAAGACAUCGAGUCAGGAUUCGCCCACUAGUGCCACUGCCACAUGCAGCAUGGAAAUGCAACGCACUGGACGCCAGACUUUGUGGCGAGAUAGUAAAUUUUAUCGCAAGAAUCGCAUAGCCAAAAGUAAUGAUUCGCUAAUGGAGAACAACUCGCCCCAUUCACCACGACUCUCGCCGAGUUCGCUGCGAGACAAUCAAUACGAGUGCCGCAGCAGCAGCAGCACUCAGGUCAAUGUACGACGCUCAUUGAGUGGCAGCCAACAAAUGCUGAGUGUGACGACAAGUUUUUGUGGCAAUGGCAGUGGCAAUGCGACCACCUCGGGCAGACGCUACUGCAGCUCUAAGAGCGAAGAUUUGGGUGAAUCAUCUGAUUAUUUAAGGGUAAUGGAUGCCCGCAAAUCGUAUUCAGAGCGACAUUUGGUGCGACUCAAGCAAACGGCCAUCAAUAAUACGCACAGUGAGGAUGAGAUGAGCUUCAACGAUGACAAUAAUGCAUCAUCAUCGGCAUCAGUAUCAAGUUCAUCGCAUGCCCAUAGCCAUGGUCAUAUACAGGGCCAUCAGGGACAGCAAGGACAUUGUCAUAACCGGGCGAAUCACCACCACCACCAGCAACAACAUCAACAUCAUCAUCAUCAUCAACAACAACAGGUGACACAUCAGGCGCCUGGUGGUCGCUGGAGCAGUUGUUCCAUUACCAAUCAACUAAAGACGACCAAUAUUAAGACCACUUCGUUGGCCACUCUUACCCUGGCCUGCUGCCAAACGAAUUUAGUAGCCAAAGCUCCCUCCGCUCCAUUAUCAACAACCGCAACAACCAGCACCAACAACAACAGUGGCAACAGCAACAGCAGCAGCAAUAACAGCAGUUACCGCACGCCCUCCAAAUCCAUGGAUCAGGCACUCAAUGUCAGCAGCAGCACCAGCAAUAGCAGCAGCACCAGCAACAACAGCUCCGUGGAUGAAUCACCCUCCAAGCUGACUCCUAGUGGCGCUGAACUCUCUCGCAUCUUUGUCAUGGACAUGGAUGAUGCCACUGGCAGCAAUUGCAGCGAAGAGAAGACACCGCUUUUGGAUAGCGUUGAGAUGUCACCGAUAAGUCCAACUGAACCCAAUCAGCCAGAUCUGGAGAAGCUUUAAGCGACAUCCAAAUACAUUACAAAGUCACAAUUCGCACUGCUUGCCACCUCAAAAUCAUAAUCAAAAUCAAAAUUCUUUCUACCUUUCGAAUUCUUUUAACCCCUCGAUUUCCCUUUUCAACUCUUUUAAAUGCUUUUUUUUUUGCCAACAAAACCAAAUCGUAGAAAUUAGAAUUAGAACUGAUAUAUUUUGUUGAUCUUUGACUCCGGCAAGCAGUGCAUUUUGUUGCCACACACACACAGAGACACACGUAUUGAGCAGCCGAAAUGCAAAGCAUGUGAUAGAAAUACCAAAGGAAAAAAAUACUAAAAGCAUGAAAUGAAAUUGAAAAGGGGAACCACAUCAAGUUAUUGAACUUUUUAAGCAUUAGAUAUGGUAAUGGCAACUAAGAAAUAAGUGUCAAUGAAGAAAGAAAAUAGCAAAAAUUACAAAAAAGUUAUCUUUUUCCAUAAGAAACAAUAUUUUUUCAAUUUAUUUUUAGUUUGCUGUUUCUUCCAAACUUAAAGUAUUCUCUUAUGUCUAAAACUUCUAGAAAUUUUCUGAUUUUGAAACAAAUUUUGUUGAAAUUUCAAGCCUUUUUAAAUUAUGAAAGUUUGCUAAAAGCAAUUUUAUUUUACGACUCUUAGUAUUAUUUUACUUUAAGCUUAAUUCAAAAUUUCGGUUACAAAUUUUUCCAGUGUUUGUCAAGUAAAAUUUUUUAUUGAAAGGGAUAGAAAAAAUGAGAAAUGGCAACGCCGUUGAGAAGUAAAUUCAAAUCGAAUUUUAGUUUUUAUUUUUCAAAAACCAUUUAAAUUGAAACUUGUUUCUUGUCGCCGUAGUGAGAUGUUUUUUAUUUAGGGAUACAUUGUGAUUGCUGGAUGAGUAUGAGUAUUUUUGAUCCUUAACGAGUAGUUGCUCAUUUUAUGAGUUUGCUAAACACACAAAAACUAAACCCAACCCGAAAUCAAGAAAAGUAAAACAAAAAAAUUCGGCU